AUGAGCGAAAAGUACGAAAACCAGGGGUCUUCGCAGGCCUCCAUGACCCCCCAGACCUCCGCCUCGAGCCUGCCCCCUCCGGAGAAGCCCAGCGCUAUACAGACUCGGUUUAGGGUGGUGGCUGCAUUCUGGGCAGUUAUUCUAUUUCUUGGGUUUCCGAUAUGGUGGAAGACGACAUCUAUCUACCGUGCUGAGCUGCCUCUCCAAGAGAUGCUCGACUGGGCUGGUGGGAAGAGUUGUCGUCCUGUCUUUCCGGUUGAUAUCAGAUUUGAGAUUCCGUCGCUGCCGGAAAUCGAGGCGCAACAGCUUCUCCGCACAACCCAGCAUACCCUGGACGAUUUGAACGAGUUCUCCGCGCACCAUUUGCGCUUGAAACUUGCAAACGAGGAGGCGCAACAGGCAAUAGAGAAGGCCGAUACGGCAUUGACGGUUCGUCUCCUGGCGCAAGAUGAUUUGGCCAGCCCGCGUUCCGAGCUUCAGACGGACUCUACUACGCUCGAUGUCUUCUAUCCCCCGAGCCAGAUUCCACCGCCUGCGUCGGCCAAUUCGCCUCUUUCCUCCUUCAUUGCCGGAGAAUUGCAGCGUCUAUUUGCGGAGGAGAAAGCGACCAUAGCGCAUAUCUUGUCGAACAAUGCAGUUGGCGCUAUUACGCCGUCGUCGAAUAGCCAGGCGCAACAAAUCUCCCCCCAGCUUGCAGAGAGCAUCACCAAACGGCUGCGACGAUCAAUGAAGUAUGCAGAGACAUAUCAUCUCGCUUUCUCUCUAUUCACACCCGGAUCUGCCCCCUCUUCUUGGGAUAUUGAAUCUGCUGUCCAGGACUAUAUAUCUCCAAUCGUUCAAGCGCUUUCUCCUAUCAGCAACUUCACCAUCGACACCCAGGUCCAGCUCUACGCAACCUUCUCCCCAACAACACCCGCUCCCGAGUACGACGAAACACAAGGCAUCUGGACACUGAAAGAAGAGAACCUCAGCGCCUUCAUCAACGCCGCUGAAUGGCCCCUUAACCCCAGCAUCGGCACAGGCCCAACAAUAAACUUCAUCCUCUACGUCCCUAGCCCGGAGCACUUCCCGCUCCUCGUGAAGGAAAGCAAAGCAACAAGCUGGAUAAUCCCACAAUGGGGCGGCGUCUUCAUCCUCAACCCUCCCCUUCCCACAAGACCCGACCCAGACACAGACACAGACACAGAAAGAACAACAGCGAAAUCCCUCUCAAACCCACCGCACCUCUCCCGCACCUCCCUCCGCCCCGCCUUCCUGACUUUCUCCCACCAACUUCUCAGCCUCCUCGGCACCCCUUCAACCCCAACCUCUCUCCCCCUCCGCCUGCAAACUCUCAUCCGCAUCCGAGCGGCAACCCUCCUCCUGUCCGCCUCCUCGACCCUCGGCUCCCUAGCGCGCCUCACCGAAUCCCUCCCUUCAAUCCCCAUCCCCGCCCCCGUCGCGCUCUCGGUCUCCACGACCCUCUCUCACCUCUCAGCCUCGUGCGAGAGCCUGCGCAAUGGCCGGUUCCAGGAUGCGCUCGCGAGCGCUCGCGUCGCAGAGACAGAGGCCGAGCGCAGCUUCUUUGAGAAGAGUAUGGUUGGCCAGGUGUAUUUCCCCGAUGAGCACAAGGUUGCGGUGUAUUUGCCGCUUCUGGGUCCCAUUGGGGUUCCACUUGUGCUGGGGCUAUUGAAGGAGGUUAGGAGGAUUGUUGUUGGGUGGAAGGGGGCGAGGUCUGCAUAA